GCCAAGCUACAUUAAGUUCACUUUAAACUCAAUCACCUCUUAUAUUGCCAUUCACAGAUACAAACUGUAAGCAAUCAAUCAACUGAGAAAUGGCGUACUCAAAGACUAUUCUUCUUGUUGUCUUUGCCGUUCUCCUCAUCACUGCUGAGGUCUCAGCUCAUCGUGACCUAACUGAGACAACCACUCCAACUACUGAUGGUAGCGAGGCAUACAAUAGAGGAGGCAAUGGAGGAAACGGAGGAGGCAAGGGAGGAAAUGGAGGAUACGGAGGAGGAAUCAAUGGAGGAAACGGAGGUGGCAAGGGAGGAAACGGAGGAGGCAAGGGAGGCAAUGGAGGAGGCAAGGGAGGAAAUGGCGGCAAUGGAGGAAAGGGAGGAAAGGGAGGGGGCGGGCAUGGACCCGAAAUCGAGAACUAGAUGAUGAUCCAGCUGCUGCAAAAGUAUUAGGGUGGAAGAGGUAUGCACUAGCUUGUUUGCUAAUCAAUAAAUUUGUAUUGGUUGAAUAGUCCACAAAACUCUCAAUCAUAUCUUUGUAAUUUGAUCCUCGGAUCAACUUGUUAUGUUCCAUGUACUAUCUAUAAAACCACUUAAUUUGCUGCGUUUA